GGGAGUUGAGCGCCAGGCAUCCAGCAGUGAAGUUGAGCCCCCUGCCAGCAUGGCCAGUGAAUUCAAGAAGAAGAUCUUCUGGAGGGCUGUGGUGGCUGAGUUCCUGGCCAUGACCCUCUUCGUCUUCAUCAGCAUCGGCUCUGCCCUAGGCUUCAAUUACCCACUGGAGAGGAACCAGACACUGGUCCAGGACAACGUGAAGGUGUCUCUGGCCUUUGGUCUGAGCAUCGCCACUCUGGCCCAAAGCGUGGGUCACAUCAGCGGUGCUCACCUCAACCCAGCUGUUACACUGGGGCUACUGCUCAGCUGCCAGAUCAGCAUCCUCCGGGCUGUCAUGUACAUCAUCGCCCAGUGUGUGGGAGCCAUCGUCGCCACUGCCAUCCUCUCGGGCAUCACCUCCUCCCUAGACGAGAACUCACUUGGCCGAAAUGACCUGGCUCGAGGUGUGAACUCUGGCCAGGGUCUGGGCAUUGAGAUCAUCGGCACUCUGCAGCUGGUGCUGUGCGUCCUGGCCACCACGGACCGGAGGCGCCGUGACUUAGGUGGCUCGGCCCCUCUUGCCAUUGGCCUAUCUGUGGCCCUGGGACACCUGCUGGCGAUUGACUACACUGGCUGUGGUAUCAACCCUGCCCGGUCUUUUGGCUCUGCCGUGCUCACCCGCAACUUCUCAAACCACUGGAUUUUCUGGGUGGGACCAUUCAUUGGGGGUGCCCUGGCAGUGCUGAUCUACGACUUCAUCCUGGCCCCACGCAGCAGCGACUUCACAGACCGCAUUAAGGUGUGGACCAGCGGCCAGGUGGAAGAAUACGACCUGGAUGGUGAUGACAUCAACUCCAGGGUCGAGAUGAAGCCCAAAUAGAGGCGACCUGGCCCGGGUAUCCAUGUGGGGGCGGGGCAGGGAGGGGCGG